AGUGAACGUGAUCAGACAUUUUCCAUGCAUUUGAUAACAUUCAAUAAAUCGGUGUCCUUUACAGAAGUGAAGUAAAUGUUGGAGUGAAAGAACAAAUGCAUACAAAGUGAUCCUGUGUUUGGGGAUGUCACUUUAAAAAUCUGUGAAUGAAUUACAUCUUGAUAAGUUGCAGUGAGCUGCAGAACUACUUUUCUUGAGAUAAGAUAUCUAUGACCGACCCCGUCUUCCAGCUCUCUAUCAUUUGAGUUUGUCUUUUGGAAAAGCUGAACACAUACAAGGGUCGGCUGGUUGGAGCAUUAGUGCUGGUUAUGAAAGUUAUGGAAUCAACAUGACGUCAUACAGCUGCCUAAUUGCAUAUUCAGUUAAGUGACCUCAGCCUUAUUUUCUAAACAUGUGACAUUUUAGUCGAUUGAGUUAUGUAAUAGCAAAGCAAAGCCAACUGAGGCACUGUCCAUUGCACAUGUGGAUAUAAGAGAUAAGACAAUGUGUCUAAGUGAGUAUUGAUAGGAAUCCAAAAGCACCUGCUGUACUCUGGCUGGAGAGACUGUGCAGGCGCCACAGAGCUGCUUUUGAGUUGGUGGAAAGCUCGGAGAAGAAGAUGUUCGACUGGGACGAGGAGUGGAACAUCUCCUUUGCAGGCUGCGGCUUCAGAAGUGUUUACUACCUGGGCGCUCUGAGCUGUAUGCUAGAGCGGGUCCCUCGGCUGGUUCACGGAGCCUCGAAGAUCUGUGGAGCUUCAUCUGGUUGUCUCGUGGCUGCAGCCCUGACUGUUGGGAUUCCCAUCGAGCAGUUCAGCGCUGAUGUUUUGACUGUGGCCAAAGAGGCCAGGAGACACACUCUGGGGGUUUUCCACCCGACCUUCAGUCUGCAGCGGACAGUCCGCUCCCUGCUGGAGAAGCUUCCUGCAGACGCCCACCUGCGGGCCUCUGGGAAGUUGUGCGUGUCCCUCACCAGGCUGCCCGACUGGAAGAACGUGCUGGUGUCACAGUUUGAAAGCAGAGAGGAUCUCAUUCAGGUGUUGAUAUGCAGCUGCUUUUUCCCCGUUUACUGUGGUUUCAUCCCACCUUCCUACCGCGGGGUGCACUACAUCGACGGAGCCCUCAGCAACAACAUGCCUCUGUUCGAGCAGAGAAACACUAUCACUAUCGCCCCGUUCUCUGGCGAGAGCGACAUCUGCCCCAGAGAGGGGACCUUCAACUUCUUCGAGGUGCACUACGGCAACGUGAGCAUCCAGGUCAACACCGGAAAUGUGCACCGGAUCUGUACGUCCUUCCUCCCUCCCAGACCCGAGACGCUGGCUGAGAUCUGUCACAACGGCUACAUGGAUGCUCUUCUCUUCCUGGGAGAAAGAGAUCUGCUCGGAGCAGAAGGUCUCCUGCCAGGUCCGUCGGAUGUGAAAGAAGUGUCCCAAGAGACACUGCUGGAGGGACAAAACCCUCAUCGGGAAGAUCACCGGGGGCUGGAGGUCACAGAGAAUCUCCCAGGAUGCAUCAGUGAAGUGCUGUGGGAGGCGUGCAGGGACCGUCACAGGGGAGACACUCGGUGGUCUCAGGUCACUGACUUCCUCCCAGUCAGGCUGCUGAUGUGUCUUCUCAGCCUCCUCUUGCUGCCCGUUGAGCUGAUCUUCUCACUCGCCAAAAGGGCAUUUGGAGAGCAGCGCUGCAGCAGCUCCUCGACCUCCGACCUCACAGCCCGGACAGGAGGAGACGAACAAAUCAAACCGGCGGCCUCAACGAACGCCCCCAAUUCCAACAGCAACGGCCUGGACUCGUUCUCCCCCACAUCCAACUCCCCCAAUCUGAACACAGCGGGUUCAGAGACUUUAACCCGCUCACGUAAACGCAAAGGUCGUCAACCAGAAACCACUGCAGGCUAAACCCUUUUAAUAUGAAUGGAAUGGAAUAAUAUCGCUUAGUGUGACCCAACAGCCACAUGACAUGAGGACCAAAAGCUGGACUUCUCAACGAUCACACUUUAAAAACAGUAAUUGAUCCUGAUCUAAAUCAAGGUUAACAAACACACUUUGAACGCAGUUCAUGAAAUCAUUCCAGACUUGUUUUGAGUUGAAGAGAAGCACACAGAAGUUUGUAUCGAGAACAAUCUACUACUAUUUGGGUUUUAUGAGUCAACUAGGUUCAGUUAACACAACAUUGUGUGCGAUUUAACCCCGCUGUAGUUUACCUAGUUCACAAUCUUGUUAUAGAAACGUUUUCCAUAGGAUGAUGUCAGUUGAAGGGAUCAUACAAAACCUCGCAAUAGAUGCAUUUGUCAUAUGAAAAUUAUGAGAGUAACAAAAUGUGUUGUGUGCUCAACCUUUGUGGGAUGUCAAUUCAAAACACCUCAGCUAUCUUCACAUGUUUACAAUGAAAUGACCGAAGAGCAGUCCAAUAAUAUAAAAAAGGCAUCAUCAAGACAUUUUUAAUGGACACGUUUCAUAAAAUUCCUUGUGAGUGACAUUUUCAUAAUCAUACAAAAUGUAAUUCUAAAAUUCCUAGUCAAAAAGAAAACUGAUGAUAAAAGAUUGAAACCUGUAACAUUAUGUUGAAGGGCUGACCAGGAACUCUCCGUGGAGCCUCUAACAUGCACGAUGAUUUCAUCCAGCGAUCACCUGUCAUAGCACCAUGAAUGCUAACUAAAUCCCCAAAUCACAGAGGAUCAUAACGGCUCACACCGAUCCAUCAAACCGUCUGGAGUUUGAUUUACUGUCGAAACAGUAGAGGUGGAUGUUUACGCUUACUGCAUGGCCGUGCAGCGCGGUACAGUACAAAGGCUAAACAAACGUUUAAAUACAUGACCUUCUUCAAGACAGUCGAGCAUCAUUGUCCCUGAUUUCACAUAUUUUAAAAAAAGAGACUGCCUUGAAGAUGAUCAUACAUUAGAGCAGGACCGCAAACAAGAUUUUAAAAAAUAAAAUGCAGGGAAUAAUCUGCAAGUUCUACCAGAAAAGUCCAUCUAUGUGUGUGUAUGUUCCACUCGAAGACUAAUAAAAA